CAGGAUCGGUUGCUCCAAGUGGUCUUAUAAAUAUUCCUAAUGGUUCAUCAAACCCAACAUCAACUACAAAUUCAUUGGUUCCCAAUCAGUUGGUAACUCAAGCUCAAGCUGUGAUUGUUAAUAAUUCAAAUGUUAACAAUAGAGCCACAAGUAGUGCAGCUUCGUCUGAUGACGGUUUUGAAGAUGAUUCAUUUGAUGGUAUCGAUCCGCAAAUGAAUAUUAAUAUAAGUACUUCGUCAUCAUCCAAUCGCAAGUCAGGAGUAAGGAAUGGACGACGAAAAACGGAAGAUAAUCUUACUGAUCAACAACCGCCAUCAAAGAGAGCCAACACUCAGCAGCAAAAACCAAAAGAAGAAAUGUCUAUGGAGGAAAAACGUCGAAAUUUCUUGGAAAGAAAUCGACAAGCUGCGCUUAAAUGUCGUCAACGCAAGAAACAAUGGCUUGCCAACUUGCAAGCGAAAGUUGAAUAUCUCACUCAAGACAAUGAGAAUUUGCAAAAUCAAGCCACACAAUUACGCGAGGAAAUUCUCAAUUUAAAAACAUUGUUACUUGCACAUAAAGAUUGUCCAAUCACCAAUCAAGCGAAUGGUGUUAUGGGAAUAGAUACAAUGCAAAGUGUCGCAGGAAUCGCUUCGUCAAUCUCUGGAAUGAAUCCUGGCGGCGUUGGAAUGGGUGUCGGGAUGGUAUCUAAUGGUGGAAAUAUGCCAGGAAAUGUUUCUGGACAACUUCAAAUGACACACGUUCAAGUUCCUCAACAUAUGUCACAAAAUCAAAUGAAUGGACAACAAAAUUCCUUGCGUUACUAA